AUGAAUCCUGAGGCUCGUAAAUGGUUAGAACAAAUACCUCGGCAUCAAUGGGUUCUUGCUUUUGAUGAAGGCGGGAUAAGAUUCGGGAUCAUAGAGACAAACUUAAUCUUUACGAUUUACGAUUUCAUAAACAAAGCUCAUGAUCUUCCAAUUACAACCUGCGUCUUGUUAAUUUUUGAUAAUCUUGCAGAGCUUUUCAAAUCUCGUCAUGGUCUUAUCAGCGAAUCAGUGAAAAUAGGAGACAAGUACGUUAAGCGUGUCAUGACAAAGCUUGAAGAAUACAAGAUAGCCUCCAGAACACACAAUGUAUUGCCACUAGACCAUAACCGACAACAGUUUCAGGUUACGGAAGUGAUGCAAGUUGGAAAGAAGAGGACGCUAAACAUUGACCAUUUGCACUAUGUAAAUGAGUACUACAGUGUAAAAAAAUCUCUUCAAGUUUAUAUGGCUGAUUUCAAUCCCUUUCCAGGAGUCUCUGAUUGGCCGGAAGCUUCUGAAUUUUCAACAUUGUUUCCUCCUGGAAGUCAUCCGACAUCAGUUGUCCGGCCAGUGACAACAGCGUCACUGUGCGAUGAAUCAGCUAAGAGAAGUAAGGAGUUACGCAUUGUUGUAGAGAGUUAUGCUUUCAGGUUUGAUAACAUUGUAUCGUUUACGGGUUUGGUUCAGUUUGAGUUUAGGGGAAACUUGGUCCUGAAGAAUUCAGAGCUGCAAGACAAUUAUGAUUGGAUUCGUCUGUGUUUGGAACUCGCAGUUGCCACAACUAAUAGGAGCUCUAGGGAUCAAGAUCUGUCCAACUUGAAGAUUCUCAAAGUUUAUAUAGAAAUUGCACAAGACGCGAAUGAGGGACUUAGCGCCAAUGAUGCAAUUUUCUACACAAGGUACAAGGACUCUUGCGAGGCUCGGGCCUCUUUAUGCGUCCACAAACCAGGGCAGUUAUCUAGUCCAAGGCUGCGCAAGGCAUACAAAAACCGUGGCAUUGGCUUGGCUCAUCGUCUGCACAAGACAAGAUCCAUUAGAAUAUUAACAAGAUCUCAUAUCAGCUGUUUCUUGUUUAUUGAUGAGAAGAAAACUCUUACAGUCAUGAUGGUGGACAAGCUUUGGAGAAGAAAAGAAGAACAUGAAGAGGUCAAGUCACAUUCUUAUGAUGUUGACAAAUUCAAAUUACGGUGA